UCAUGUGAGGAGGAGGAGGAGGAGGAGGAGGAGGACGACAGGCUACACCUGCCGCAGAGACCGUGCCCUGCCUUUCAACUGAGAGCCAAGAUGGGGUUCUUUCAUUGGGGCCUGAUCUCUUUAAGACACCAGCAAAUAUUGAACAAGACUCCAAACUCAGUCGUCAUCUGUUGCCGUGGUCGCCUCUCCGCUCCUUACUACAGUAUGUGUGUCUGUUGUCAUCAUGGAGGAACUGGGCAGGACCCAGCACCUGGCUACGACUGUUGCAUUCUCACAGUCAUUGAAACUCGUCUUGUGGGACUGGUAUGGCUGGUUUUGCCCAGUUUGGCCUCUCCACCAAUCGCUCGUCAUCCAAGUUGCGUUGAAACAGGAAAGUGCACUGAGGUGCCACUCAAGAUGGAAGUCAAGAAGAAGAACGUUUGGGAGAAUUUCCGUCUGAAAACAAAGUUGGUGAAUUUGAAGAAACGUGGAAAGAAGACACCGGAGAAGCAGGGGAAGAAGCUGACCUAUCGCCGCAGUAUUUCUGUCCCAGACCUGAGGUUCGUGCCAGGUGAAGCUGGAGGUCCACAGACUGCCUUCAUGUCAACAGACUCUGACCCCAUCUACUUUGGCAUCUCUCCUGGGCCGAGUGAUACUGAUUCGGUCACAAGCGGCUCAGUCACUGAUGGAAUGACUUUUACCAACAAACCAAACUCACAUCAACGUCCAGUAAUCCCAGCCAGGGUUUGCAGAGAUCCCACAACUGCAGCUUUGAACAGAAUGAGCGCACCAGCUGAGAUCAUGGAUGAUACAACACAGUUUAGUUCACAGAACAAGGUGAACGUCGCUCAAGAAGCUUUGUAUGCACAAGUUUAUAAAAAUCCAAGGCACAAUGUGCGUAAAUUUACUUUUGACCCUGUUCCCGUACAAGGACUUCCACCAAGACUGGACCUUAUAGAGAGAGUGAGUCUCUCAAGUGAAGACAACACUGAUGAGAGAGUCUCUUCAGGUUCUCUUGCUAUUGCAGCACUGGCCAGAGCAAGCUCACUUGGAGAGCAAGUCAGCCCGUACUUAACAAAGAAGAGCACGUCGCAUGAAAGGACUCCACCAGCAAUCAGAAAAACUCGUCCAAACAGUAUGCCUCCCACUUUAGAUAUUCUGGAGAGUGCAGAUGGCACCUCGCUGGACUCGGCCUGUGGCGCUCAGAGUGAGGAGCGAGUCAACCUGCCCUCUGUGACAGAAAUGGAGGAACUGGAGCGAGAAGCCCUCUCUGCCUUUUACAUUGGAGACUUGAGCACAGAAGAGGCUCUGCUAGAGGAGGCCCAGCGUGAGGAGGAGGAGGAGGUUCUGGACGAGAUGUCCAGUGAACCAUGUGACUUCUUUGACGAACAUCUGCAGGAUCCUUUAGAAAACCCUCAGGAAACGACAGCGGGGCCUGAAAUCCAAGCACUCCCGAUCCAGCGAUACCUCCUGAAUAUAAACCUGAAGCAGGGCAAGAACCUGGUCAUCAGGGACAAGCGAGCAGGCACGAGUGAUCCAUAUGUGAAGUUCAAACUGGAAGGGAAGCAGUUCUAUAAAAGCAAAGUGGUUUAUAAAAACCUGAACCCCCGGUGGAACGAGUCGUUCUCGCACCCUCUGCGGGAUAGAGAGCAUGUUGUGGAAGUUCGAGUCUAUGAUAAAAACCGGACCAGUGAUGACUUCAUGGGCUCCAGCUCUAUUUCCCUGAAAAAUCUUGAUUUGUACAGAACCUACGAGAUGGAGCUGCGUCUCGAUGAUCCAAAAAGUAAAGAGGAUGACAUGGGAGUCAUCGUUGCCGAAGUCUGCUUAAUGUUCAGAGAUGCCACCAUCAAAAGAAGCCCUAGAUGGCCGCCACGAAAGAAUAAGCAGCAGAACCAGGCAGCAGCACCAAUCCAGCGGGCAGCAGAUGUGCCGAAGAACCAGCCAAAGAACCAAAUGUGGACCGGGGUGUUCCGUAUCACCUUGGUGGAGGGACAGGACCUGCCACAGUACGGCGAUGGGGACAUUUACGUGCGCUUUCGCCUCGGUGAUCAGAAGUACAAGAGCAAGAACCUUUGCAUUCAGGCCAAUCCCCAGUGGAGAGAGCAGUUUGACUUCAAUCAGUUCGAAGAUAACCAGGAACCAAUGCAGGUGGAGUUGUGCUCAAAGAGAGGGAGAAAGGCUGAGGAAUCGUGGGGGAUGUUUGAAGUUGACCUAUCAAGGCUUUCACUUAAUGAGAGGCACCUCUACACUCAUGUGCUGGACCCAGGAAAGGGCAGACUGAUGUUUCUGGUCACCCUGAGACCCUGCUGGGGAGUUUCUAUCGCUGACAUGGAGGAGGCGCCCUUGGAGAAGCCUGAUGAAAAAGACACAGUCCAAAAAAAAUUUAGCUUGAAAAACUCUCACAAAUGUAUGGGGGAGGUUGGCUUCCUUCAGAUCAAGGUUAUAAAGGCCACUGAUCUACCCACAACAGACCUCAAUGGAAAAAGUAACGCCUUUUGUGUCAUUGAGCUCGGCAACUGCAAGCUUCAAACUCACACCGUCUACAAGACGGUCAAUCCUGAGUGGAGCAAAGCCUUUACUUUCCCAAUUAAGGACAUUCAUGAUGUGGUUGAGUUGACUGUCCUCGAUGAAAAUGGAGACAAAAACCCAAACUUCUUGGGGAAAGUGGCUAUUCCUUUACUGAGUGUCCAGAAUGGGCAGCAGAUGAGUAUGUUGUUGAAGAAGGAAGACUUGGGAAGUGCAUCCAAAGGAACAAUCGUGCUGAUGCUGGAGGUUAUCUAUAAUAAAGUCCGAGCUGGCAUCAGAACCUUCCAACCAAAGGAGACCAAAUUAAUGGAGGAGAACCUGAAGUUUUCCAAAAAGGUUCUUGCCCGGAAUAUAUGCCGGGUUCGAAAAAUCAGCACGGCAGUUCUGUACACGUUACAGUACAUUAAAAGCUGUUUUCAAUGGGAGAGCACACAACGGAGUCUAAUAGCCUUUCUGAUCUUCCUGGUGACAGUGUGGUACUGGGAGCUCUUCAUGCUGCCGCUUUUCCUACUUCUGCUCAUCGCGUGGAACUACUCUCAGCUCUCUGCAGGAAAGGCCAACGCCAACCAGGACCUGGUGAACAUGAGCAUGGGUGACGACGAGGAGGAAGACGAGAAGGAAUCUGCAAAAAAGGGUUUGAUGGAUAAGAUACAUAUGGUGCAGGAAGUAGUACUGGCUGUCCAGAAUGCUUUGGAGGAAAUUGCAAACAUUGGCGAGCGAAUGAAGAACAUAUUCAACUGGUCUGUUCCCUUCAUGUCAUGCCUGGCCUUCCUGGUGCUGUUUGUGUCAACAGUGCUGUUAUACUUCGUCCCGCUGCGGUAUCUUGUACUGAUAUGGGGCGUUAACAAAUUUACCAAGAAGCUGCGCAACCCAUAUACUAUUGACCAUAAUGAAAUACUGGAUUUCCUCAAGAGGGUGCCUUCUGAUGUUCAAAAGGUGCAGUACAGCGUGCUGAGAGCGCCCACCAGCCAAGGCCAGACACGGAGGAAAAAGUAGGCUCGGCUCGGCGGACACGCCGGAUGAAAGCCUGUUCUCCUGCAUGCGUGUGACGCAGUCUACCUGACAACAAUGCUGCAGUGCGAUCUGAGCCCGUGACCCCGUACACCCCACCAUACCACCCUAACUCUGCCCCCUGCUGCUGAGGGCCAGACAGCCGCACUCUGCCUCUCCCCCACUGACAGGGGUUGUGAACUGCAGCAGCGAGGAGGGAAGCACAUGGUGCUGUCAAUCACAAGCCCGGAGGUAAAGAAAAGAGCGACGCGACGCUCAGCCUUCAUCUUCGGAUUUUAUUUAGUAAAGGAAGGAAAAGUGUCGGGUUUGGUUUACCUUCAGCUUCUUCUGUUUUCACUUUGUUUUCUUAUUUUUGCUCAAACAGAAAAAUGUGCCUUUUAGGUAAAGUUUCUCUCUAUCCACAUUUUAAAGGAUAUUAUACAUGCAAUAAAUUUUCAGGGAGACUUUGAGAGCGUUCUUUUUACACAUUUGACAUAUUAUGGCAGUAAUGAAUUGUAUGAUUUCACUAUAUUUAUAUAUUUGUACAGUAUGUGUCUUUAAUGAAUGUAAAUCUCUGAUAAAUUUUUUUUAAUGUAAAGUUACAUGUUAGACAAAUCUAUAUGAAAUCUGGAGAGUUUAUUUUUUACUCAGCAUCACGUCUGCAUCAUCAAAUGAAGAUUUCCAAAUAAAGACUUUUGAUCAGUU